AUUUUUUUCUGUACAAAACACGAAUAAUGACGCUCCCGGCAUGUCGGUGAAAAUUACUGUACUGGACCUAUUAUUACUUACCUUUGUUCGCGCUAUAUUUGGUUUUCAAGACGAUGCAAACCGGAUAAUUUGUAGGUUACCCCCUUUGAGGGACAACCGCCGAACCUUAGACUUGCAAAUUGGCUCCCAAGUGGGACGUGCGCUUCCGCGUUGCCGGCAGGGGUAUGGUCACAGAGGGAAGAUGAGCAACCACAAAUGUAGUACUUUGUAUCAGAAACUCCGAACACGGACGAGGAUUCUUCACUGUAUCUAUGUGGUUGGCUUCAUGGAUGACGACUAACUUUGUACGGUGGCAACCUUGGACUUGUUUGGCGUGAGCAUGAUCAUCCCACUGUUGAGCCAUCACGUCAAAGCGCUCGGAGCAAGUCCUACUGUUGCUGGUAUUGUUGGGUCCACAUAUGGCGUCUUACAGUUGUUCUCAAGCACAAUUGUGGGCAGCUGGAGCGACGUGGUGGGCCGUCGCCGGUCGCUGCUGACUUGCUUGCUGCUGAGCGCUUUCGGCUACGCCCUGCUGGGAAUGUCCACCAGCAUCUCUUUGUUCGUGCUCUCGCGGAUCCCCGUGGGACUGUUCAAGCACUCCCUGUCCAUCUGCAGAGCCCUGCUGUCCGACUUGGUGUCCGAGGCAGAGCGCCCCCUGGUGCUGGGUCACUUCAACGCCGCCUCCAGCGUGGGCUUCAUUCUGGGUCCCGUGGUAGGUGGCUACUUGACGGAGCACGAGGGCGGCUUCUACACCUCCGCCUUCGCCUGUGCCACCAUCUUUCUCAUCAAUGCCGGUUUGGUAUGGCUGCUUCCAUGGGGUGACAUUCUCCUGCACUGUAACGGCGCCAAUAACUCCAGCAAAUCAGUCAGCAAUGGUUGCUCCACUAAGAGCCACGCCCCAGCAUGGGCCGACCCAGACCGGGAUGUUCCGAGGAAGCGGGCGUUCCCGCCGCAGCCCGCCUGGCGACAGCUGUCCUCGGUGGGCUCCAGGAUCCGCAUGGUGGCCUCAUCCGACAUGUGGGACCUGUUUCUGGUGCGCCUGCUGAUGGCCGUGGCCAUCAUGCUCUACUACAGCAACUUCUCGCUGGCCAUGGAGGAGCGUUUCUCGCUCAAGCCCAAGAUGACGGGCUACCUCAUAAGCUACAGCAGCACUCUGGGGGCGCUGGCCGGCUUCCUGGUGGGACCCGUCACCCAGUUGUACGGCAACAACAUGGCCGCCCUCCUGCUGCAAUCCACUCUCCUGACGUGCCUGCUCAUCUCACUGUAUGCCACCGCGCAGGGGGUGUGGCAGGUGCUGCUCACCUCAACCUUCUUCGCCAUCUCCACCACGGUCGGGCGCACGAGCAUUACCGACCUGGAGCUGCGGAGAGGAGGGGCGCGGGCCAGCGGGACUCUGAUCGGCGCCGGACAGUCGGUGACAGCCAUGGGACGCGUGCUGGCCCCUCUGCUCUCGGGUGUCACCCAGGAGUUCAGCCCCUGCGGCCCCCCCAGUCUGGGGGUGCUGCUGUCUCUGGUGGCGGUGGGCGUGCUGCUCGUUCGGAUCCCCAAAUGGAACCAGACAGGGCAGGAAAAAAUGGCAACUAAAAUAGCGUAAAAAAACAAAAUAAGACUGGACUUUUCUCCAAAGCACUGAACUGCAAUUGUUCUUUUUUUCUCGAGUGUACAGAUUUGAUUAGAGGGGGGGGGGGGGUGGAUAUAUAUUUAAAACUAUUUCUAUGACUUUGGUACUUUUUCAUCUGUAUUAUAAGAACCACUCUUUGCGGAAUCUCUGCUGUAUGACAUAAAAUAACCACGGAAACUGAUGCUGUGUUCGGAAUUGUUCACUCCGUCACUCCCUAGUGAUGCCUUGACUUACAAGUUUAAUGUGUUCCACGACCACGCGAUCUUACGAUGCCGAAAAGAAAAACUCAAAACAUUCGUAAUUAUUUCAUUCACAAGAUGCAGUUGUUACUUUCUUGUUUUCCAUCAUCAGAUUUUUUUUAAAUCUU